AUGGCUGCACGGCAUCAGAGACCAGCAGACAUGGUAGAUGGCUCAGUGGAGUCCAAAAGGAAAGAGAAAAAGUGCUCCUGGGCAUCCUACAUGACCAACUCCCCUACUGUGAUUGUGAUGAUUGGAUUGCCCGCUCGUGGGAAAACAUACAUGUCCAAGAAGCUGACGCGCUACCUCAACUGGAUUGGAGUGCCGACAAAGGUAUUCAACCUUGGAGUUUAUAGGAGAGAAGCUGUAAAGUCAUACAAAUCCUAUGACUUUUUCAGACAUGACAACGAAGAAGCCAUGCAAAUACGAAAACAAUGUGCUCUGGUGGCACUGAAAGAUGUGAAGUCCUAUCUGAAUGAGGAAGGAGGACAGAUUGCUGUAUUUGAUGCUACUAACACCACCAGGGAGAGGAGGGAACUUAUCCUUAGCUUUGCCAAGGAAAAUUCAUACAAGGUGUUUUUUGUGGAAUCUAUAUGUGAUGAUCCAGACGUAAUUGCUGCAAACAUCCUGGAUGUGAAGGUGUCCAGCCCAGACUACCCAGAGAGAGACAGAGAAAGUGUCAUGGAUGAUUUUCUUAAGAGGAUAGAGUGUUAUAAAGUAACUUACCAGCCUUUGGAUCCAGAUGAACAUGACACGAACUUGUCCUUCAUUCAGGUCAUUAAUGUUGGCCGCCGAUUCCUGGUAAACAGGGUACAAGAUUAUAUUCAGAGUAAAAUUGUCUACUACCUCAUGAACAUCCACGUGCACUCCCACUCCAUUUAUCUUUGUCGACAUGGAGAGAGCCAUCACAAUCGGCAAGGACGAAUUGGUGGGGAUUCUGAGCUGUCGGACAGAGGGAAAGAGUUUGCUGUAGCACUGAAAGGUUUUGUUGAAGAACAUCGUCUGUCAGAUCUGAAAGUUUGGACCAGUCAACUGAGGCGCACCAUUCAAACUGCAGAGGAGCUUGGUGUUCCGUACGAACAAUGGAAGAUCCUUAAUGAGAUUGAUGCUGGAGUGUGUGAAGAGAUGACAUACAAACUCAUUGAGGAAACAUACCCAGAUGAGUACGCCAUGAGGUACCAGGACAAGUAUCACUACCGCUAUCCUGGAGGAGAAUCCUACCAGGACCUGGUGCAGCGGUUGGAGCCGGUAAUCAUGGAACUGGAGCGACAAGGCAAUGUUCUGGUCAUCUGUCAUCAAGCCGUCAUGCGCUGUCUGCUUGCCUACUUUUUGGACAAGAGCGCAGACGAUCUUCCAUACUUGAAGUGUCCCUUGCACACUGUCCUCAAACUAACCCCUGUGGCUUAUGGUUGUAAAGUGGAUUUGUUUGACCUGAAGGUGGAAGCUGUCAACACUCACAGAGACAGACAAUUAAAGAAAGAACGAGGAGAAAUUCCACCAGCUUUCUACCGGAGGAAUAGUUUCACGCCACUGUCCAGCCAUGACCAAGUCAAGCGGCCACGCCUUUACAGCGCCGACAAUCCUCCUCAGCAUAGCUUGUCUCAGAUAUCCAUUUUACCCAGCGUGCAAUUCUCUGAGGCGGCAGAGGGCAUGGAGCUGCGCGAAAGAGAGGACUCCCUUAAUGGUUUCAGUGCAGGGGACACAGACUGUGAUGGCAGUGAAAGAAAAGAUGUUUUCAGCUAG